UUUACACAAUUUCCAUGUUGUGGCUUUAUAAAAAGCAAUAAAGCAGCAUAUGGUCAUUUUUGGAAUUCUGAAGCGCCAGUCAUCUGCAGACUCUGUUCCUAUUGGCUCGGUCUUUACAUGAAAGAAGAGGGGCAGGCACCUACUUUCAGCGCGGACUCUCGUUGGCUAUUGUAGGCUGUGGACCGGACAUGGAAGUUCCUAUUAGGUCAAGUGAGGUGUCAAUCGAAAGGUUAGAGUGCAGCCGCCAUUUUGAUACGCUAACGUGUGGCAAAUGUUUACAUGCUAAUGCGAGUUAUGACCCAGAAUAUGUUGGAAGAUUAGGACAUCUGCUGGCUAAUUUAAAACAAUGCAACACCCGCUCAUGGAUAUUUUUUGAUGUAAUAAUGUGUUUUGGACUAAAUAUUGGAUCGACUGGACCUUUGGAUCAAUCGAAUCACAGGAAUCUUAGCUUUCCAAAGAUGUGUCGAAUGAGUACCCACUUAAAGACAGGAGUUGUGAACACAGCAUAGUUGUUUACUUGACAGCGUGAUGGCCCGUGGACAGACCGACAGAACAUUAAGGGAUUUUAAGAUUAUUUACACAAUAUUAUCAUAGGUGUAUUAUUAACAUGAUAUUGUUGUUUGUUGUUGCUUUUUGAUUUCUACCAUCCUUUCUGUAUUUCCAAAGCUCUGCAAUAAAUAUUUAUUGUGGGGCAGAGAACGCUGCCAGUUCAAAUUGACUGUAAAUAUGUGGAUGAGGACCAUAAAUGCUGCCAAGGUGCAAACUGCUCCUUCACUUGGAAUGAAGCACAACUACUAACCCCUCCCUUUUCUCAGAGAACUUUGACUGUAUACUUCCUGGUUCCUGCUGAUUUCACAGACUUACAAGUUUAGAGAUGGGUGUAACCAAAAUGCUGUGAAGAGCAAGAGCCAAUGAGCCACUUUAAAGCAGAUGAGUGUGCAAAAGGAAAGAGAGGUUUGGCUUUGUGUGACGCUCAUAAAACUCAUGGGAUAUUAACCAUAAUUGAGAGGUGAAAUGGCGCAGCGAGGAAAUCAAGCAGACAGAAUGAAAUUCUGUUGUUCGAUCUGUCUGGAUCUACUGAAGGAUCCGGUGACUAUUCCCUGUGGACACAACUACUGCAUUGGCUGUAUUAAAACCUUCUGGGAUGGAAAAGAUCAGAGAAUUCACAGCUGUCCUCAGUGCCGAAAGACUUUCAUACCGAGGCCUGACCUGGUGAAAAACACCAUGUUAGCAGAGAUAGUGGAGGAGAAGAAGAAGACUGGACUGGGAGCUGCUCCAGUUGAUCACUGCUAUGCUGGACCUGAAGAUGUGGCCUGUGAUUUUUGCACUAGGAGAAAGCUGAAAGCCCUCAAAUCCUGUCUGGUUUGUCUGGCUUCUUAUUGUGAGCAACACCUUCAGCCUCAUUAUGAUUCUCCUACUUUUAAAAAACACAAACUGGUUGAAGCUUCUGUUAAACUUCAGGAGACCAUCUGCUCUCGUCACAAUGAUGUGAUGAAGAUUUUCUGCCGCACUGAUCAGCAGUGUAUCUGUAUGCUUUGCUCCAUGGAUGAACAUAAAGGCCACGACACAAUCUCAGUUGCAGCAGAAAGGACAGAGAAGCAGAAGGAGCUUGGCAUAAGACGGAAAAAAAUCCAGCAGAGGGUCCAGAACAGAGAGGAAGAUGUGAAGGAGCUUCAACAGGAGGUGGAGGCUAUCAAUCGCUCUGCUGAUAAAGCAGUGGAGGACAGUGAGAAGAUCUUCGCUGAGUUGAUCCGUGACAUUCAGAAAAGAAGCUCAGAUGUGAAGCAGCUGAUCAGAUCUCAGCAGGAAACUGAACUGAAUCAGGUCAAAGAUCUUCAGGAAAAGCUGCAGCAGGAGAUCAAGGAGCUGAAGAGGAAAGACGCUGACCUGGAGAAGCUCUCACGCACAGAGGAUCACACCAAGUUUCUACACAAAUAUCCCUCGCUGUCAGGUGUUUGUGGAUCUACAGGCUCUCCUUGCACCAACAUCAAUCGCCUGUGGUACUUUAAGGAUGUAAUGGCAGCUGUGACAGCGGCCAGAGAUAAACUGCAGAUCAUUCUUAGUGAGAAAUGGCCACAACCAGAGCCAAAGACCAGAGUUGAGUUCUUACAAUAUUCACGUCAGAUCACACUGGAUCCUAACACAGCCAACAAUUUUCUGGUUUUAUCAGACAGGAACAGAAAGAUAACAUUUAAUGAUAAAAAUAAACCAUAUUCUCAACAUCCAGACAGAUUCAAUAAUGUAUCUCAGGUCCUGAGUAAAGAUGGUCUGACUGGACGUUGUUACUGGGAAGUGGAGAGGAGCGGGAGAGUUGCAGUUGCAGUCGCAUACAAGAGCAUUAGUAGAUCAGGGGACUUUAUUACAUAUGUAUUUGGAUACAAUGAGAGGUCUUGGGUUUUACAUUGUAUCACUGGAUACACAUUCAUACAUAAAAAUAUCUCAGCUGCCAUCUCAGGCCCUCGGUCCUCAAGAAUAGGGGUGUACCUCGAUCACAGUGCAGGUAUUCUGUCUUUCUACAGCGUCUCUGAGACAAUGACCCUCCUCCACAGAGUCCAGACCACAUUCACUCAGCCGCUCUACGCUGGACUUUGGCUUUAUUCUAAUGGAGACACUGCUGAGUUUUGUAAGUUGAAGUAGACAGAGGGAUGGUUUAUGUUAACACCUGAUUUAUGACCACCUUACUACAUAUCACAAUCCUGGAGCCUUGAUAUUUUAGUGCUGUAACUGGUGUUAAUAAAAGGAAUUUCAAAAGGAAUGUUUGAAUAUGAUAAAUGUGGUUAAUAAUAAUAUUAUGUGAUUGUUGUUUUUAGGGUUUUUAUGAUGAUAAUUGUUUUACUGAAUACAUCGUUUUAUAAUCUCUGCAUUUCUGUUUAAUAAUUUUAAGGUGACAACUAAGAUAAUUGUUGAUUAACAUCCAGUCCUCUGAUGCAAUUUGACAAAGUCACCCUGAUAUAUUUGAAUUACUGUUUGUAUAUUGGCAUUAUUUUGGUGUUUGUGUUGGAUAAAUUUAGUAGGUGGAACUAUUGUGUUGGUGCAAAAUACAGUGCUUGUUCAUCAAUGAUGAAUGAUGAACAAUAAAUCAAUCUAAUAAAUCUGUGCCUGAUUGAUUGUUUACAUUUACAGACUGAGGUUUUUCUUUCUGAGUGCAAACAGUCUCAUUCUUCUAAUCAUCCAGCCAUUGUAAAGGUAAUCUAACAUAUAAAAAAUAAAAUGUAAAUCAAGAUUUAGUAAAUGUGUAUUAAUUUGUGUAUUUAUAAUACACCAACACUACCAAGUUAGUUUAAUGGACCUGAGGCUCAUGUUAUUUUUGCAACUUUAACCACAAGAAACUCCAAUAUGUGACAAUUUAAAUCAAAUAUUAUGAAAUAUCAUUUUAGGACCAAAUAUUAAUGAUCGUAUCUAGACUGCUAAUAGGUAUGUUUUGAUUACAUGUCAUCAUAUGUAUAUCAACAUAUAUGCGUUUUCUGGAAAUAUUUCAUUUUAACUUUUUCAAGGACGUGUACUGCAGAAAAUUGGGCACUUCUUUGCCCUAAACAGUGUCUGACAGGUUGCCCACAACAAUGUCCACCAAUCAAAUGGUUCUAUUGGGGUUUAGCUUAUAAAUGGUUAAGGAGUUAGCAUCAUUUUUAGGGAUUUUAGGGUCUGUCUGUCACAGAGAAGGAGGUGGGAUACAAGUUCAGCCUGAGAGUCCUGUCUCAGGGUAAACAAUCACUGCUCCUAAUGAAGCUUCUGGUGUGAGCUCAUGUAAAUAGUAGAAUAUCUGGAUUUUUACUAACCAGACUGGUCAGUAUUUCCAUCACUGUCUAUAAUGGAAAUGUUACUGUUUUAUCUUGUGGUUGAAUUAAUGUUCAGCUGCCAGACAAUCCGAGUUACUGGAGAUUUGAGUUUAAACAGUUAACUCACCUGCUCAACAUGUCUCAUGUCAGAUGUACAAAAACUUCCAGUAAAACUGAGCAAUUAAUUUAAAAAAUGUAAGAAAGAAAGUAAAAAUUGUAAGAAUUAUUG